CCUCCCUCCCUGCCUGUGCUGGGUCUGCCCUUCGCCGCUCCUUUGAGUGCCACUCGUCCUGCGCUGCUCGCUCUCUGCCGUCGGCGCUCUCGGGACAGCAGUCUCUGCGCACAGUCCAAGCCUUUCUUCUUCUCUGGGAUGGCCGGCGCCUGAGCCAGAGGAGCGGCAGGAAGAGCCGAGGGGGCGACUCAGCCGCAGCAUGGAAGCCGAGCCGGGGGCCUCGACGACCGCCCUGGCAGCCGUGCCCACCAGCACCGCGUCCUCCUCGGAGCCCGCCAAGGAUACGGACCGCCAGCUGAGGCUCCGGCUCUGCGUCCUCAACGAGAUCCUGGGCACCGAGAGAGACUACGUGGGCACUUUGCGCUUCCUCCAGUCGGCGUUCCUGCACCGAAUUAGACAAAAUGCGGUGGACAAAGCUGAAAAAUACAUAACAGAGGAAAAUGUCAAGAUUUUAUUUUCCAAUAUAGAAGACAUCCUUGAUGUUCACAAAGACUUCUUGACUUCUCUGGAAUAUUGUUUACAACCGGAACCUCAAUCUCACCAUGAACUGGGAGAUGUUUUCUUAAAAUUUAAAGACAAGUUCAUUGUUUAUGAGGAAUAUUGCAGCAACCAUGAGAAAGCACUCAGGCUCUUGAUGGAACUGAACAAGAUUCCACCUGUGAGGGCAUUCCUGUUGAGCUGCAUGCUUUUGGGAGGCAGAAAGACGACAGACAUUCCACUUGAGGGCUACCUUCUAACCCCAAUCCAGAGGAUUUGCAAAUAUCCACUUCUCCUAAAGGAACUAGCCAAGAGGACACCAGCUAAGCACCCAGAUUAUCAAGCAGUUCAGAAUGCUUUGCAGGCAAUGAAAACAGUAUGCACCAAUAUCAAUGAGACCAAGAGGCAGAUGGAGAAGCUGGAGGCCCUUGAGCAGCUACAGUCCCAUAUUGAAGGCUGGGAGGGAUCCAACUUGACAGACAUCAGCAGCCAGCUCCUUCUCCAAGGCACCUUGUUAAAAAUUUCAGCAGGAAAUAUCCAGGAGAGAACAUUCUUUCUUUUUGAUAACCUUCUGGUCUAUUGCAAGCGAAAAUCCAGAGUUGCUGGGAAAAAGACAUCUAAGCGCACCAAGUCAAUCAAUGGAUCUCUCUACAUCUUCAGGGGCCGAAUAAACACGGAGGUCAUGGAAGUUGAGAAUGUGGAGGAUGGGACAGCAGACUACCACAGCAAUGGUUACCCAGUGACAAAUGGCUGGAAAAUACAUAACACCGCCAAAAACAAAUGGUUUGUCUGUAUGGCCAAGACGGCAGAGGACAAGCAGAAAUGGUUGGAUGCAAUAAUUAAGGAAAGAGAACAAAGAGAAAGUCUGAAGUUAGGCAUGGAGAGGGAUGCAUAUGUCAUGAUCGCUGAGAAAGGGGAGAAGCUGUAUCACAUGAUGAUGAACAAGAAAGUGAACCUUAUCAAAGACAGGAGGAGAAAACUGAGCACUGUUCCCAAGUGCUUUCUUGGCAAUGAAUUUGUAUCUUGGCUUAUGGAAAUUGGGGAGAUAAGCAAACCAGAGGAAGGGGUCAACCUGGGACAAGCUUUGUUGGAGAAUGGCAUCAUUCACCAUGUUUCAGAUAAACACCACUUCAAGAAUGAACAAGUGAUGUACAGGUUUCGUUAUGAUGAUGGGACUUAUAAGCCAAGAAGUGAACUUGAAGACGUCAUGUCCAAGGGAGUGAGGCUCUACUGUCGUCUGCACAGUCUUUACACUCCAGUGAUAAAAGACCGAGACUACCACUUGAAGACCUACAAGUCGGUGAUCCCAGCAAGUAAAUUGGUAGAUUGGUUGAUUGCUCAGGGAGACUGUCAGACGAGGGAGGAAGCGGUCGCGCUGGGUGUCGGAUUCUGCAACAAUGGCUUCAUGCACCAUGUGUUGGAAAAGAGUGAAUUCAAAGAUGAGUCUCAGUAUUUCCGCUUUCAUGCUGAUGAGGAGAUGGAAGGUACAAGUUCUAAGAGCAAGCCAUUGCGGAACGAUUUCAAGCUCAUCGAAAACAUUUUAGGAAAAAGUUUGCUGGUUUUGCCAGAAGAAGAUGAUUAUGGAUUUGAGAUAGAAGAAAAGAACAAAAUCAUUGUGGUGAAGACUGUCCGCCGGGGCUCGCAUGCAGAGAUGGCUGGCUUACAAGUUGGACGGAAAAUUUAUUCCAUGAAUGAGGAUCUAGUAUUCCUGCGUCCAUUUCAAGAGGUGGAGACCAUCUUAAACCAGUCUUUCUGCUCCAGGAGACCUCUUCGACUUCUUGUGGCAAUGAAGUCUAAAGAGAUCAUCAAAAUCCCAGACUGCAGUGAAAUGUUGUGUUUCCAGAUACGAGGAGUUGCACCACCUUAUGUUCAUGCUGUAGGACGAGGCUCUGAAGCAGCAGCUGUGGGGCUUCAUCCAGGACAGUGUGUUCUGAAAGUGAAUGGAAAUAACAUGAUGAAUGAAAACUACACUGAGGUUCUGGAGCAUUUUACAUCAUAUAGGAACAGACGACAGGAAUUUCUGGGUUUCUACCAGUGGGUUUACCGGACCUUUGAAGAUGCUGAAGAGGACAGAGCUCAGCAGGCAGCUUCAAACUCAUACCUGAAUGGAAGUCAUUCUGAGUCUUGUAAAGGAGAGCUCUCAAUUGAAGAAAAUGCUGAUCUUGAUCCUUUUAAUGAUAGCCAACAAGAAGAGGGUUUGACCCUUCAGACCUUCAGCUCUCCUCUGAUAAUCAAAGAAGACACUCCUCUUAUCAGCUUAACAGUGGACAAUGUCCACCUGGAACAUGGUGUUGUGUAUGAAUACGUCAGCACUGCCGGGAUCAAGUCCUUCGUCCUGGAGAAGAUCAUUGAGCCAAAGGGAUGCUUCAAUGUCACAGCAAAGAUUUUAGAGGCAUUUGCUACAGAUGAUAGCUACUUUGUGAGGAACUGCAGGAGGCUCAUGUCCCUGAGCAAUGCUGUGGUGAACAUGCCACAGUAUGAGUUCCGGCAGAUUUGUGAUACUAAACUUGAGAGCAUUAGCAGAAGAGUUGCCUGCUAUCAAGAGUUUGUAGAUGAGUUGAAAGCAAAGGUGAGCCCAUCCUUCAAACGAGCUACAACAGAUCUUCACUCCCUGAGUAGCAUGGAUUUUUGCCCCACCAACUGCCACAUUAACCUCAUGGAAGUGUCAUAUCCCAAAAACACUACCUCAAUGGGAAGGUCAUUCAGCAUUCGUAUUGGAAGGAAGCCUUCAAUUAUUGGACUUGAUCCAGAACAAGGAACCUUGAAUCCAGUCUCAUACACUCAGCAUUGCAUAACCACCAUGGCUGCGCCAUCAUGGAGAUGUUUGGUUCCAGAAAAUGAGGAUCUCACCCUGCAUGGACAAUAUGAUGGUUUCUAUGGCCAAGAGAAUGGAGGAGCAGCUCCAGAGGAAAGAGGUCUUGCCUUUUUGUUGAAGCAAGAGGAUCGGGAGAUACAAGACUCCUACUUGCAACUCUUCAACAAAUUAGAAGUAGCAGUUAAGGAAAUGAAGCAAUACGUCUUUCAAAUCAAUAAGCUUUUAUCAACCAUUACUGAACCUACAGAAGCAGAAUUAGUUGAGCCUCGCUCUACAGAAGGCGUACCCCCCACAUCCUUGGUCACAGAGGACAAUGAUAUUGACAAAACAGAGCAUGGCAUGAAGAAGGUUUGUUUCAAAGUAACUGAGGAGGACCAGGAAGACUCAGGACAUGAUACAAUGAGCUACAGAGAUUCCUACAGUGAAUGUAACAGUAACAGGGACUCGGUGCUUUCCUAUACUAGUGUGCGGAGUAACAGCUCUUACCUGGGCAGUGAUGAAAUGGGAUCAGGGGAUGAACUUCCCAGUGACAUGAGGAUACCAUCAGACAAACAAGACAAACUGCAUGGCUGCCUUGAACAUCUUUUUAAUCAGGUGGAUGCUAUCAAUGCCCUUCUGAAAGGACCAGUAAUAAGCAAGGCCUUCGAAGAAACCAAACAUUUUCCAAUGGAUCACAGUUUGCAAGAAUUUAAGCAGAAAGAGGAAACCACCAUUCGAAGUAGGAACAAGAUUCAGAUCAGCAUCCAAGAGGAUCCAUGGAAUCUUCCGCUUCGUAUUAAGAACCUUGUCGAGACCAUACAAAAAUAUGUGGAAGAUGGAAAGAAUCAGCUUGUUUUGGCCUUGCUGAAAUGCACAGAUCCUGAACUGCAGUUGAGACGAGAUGCAAUUUUCUGCCAGGCCUUGGUGGCUGCCAUCUGCACAUUCUCUGAGCAGUUAUUAGGAGCUCUGAACUACAGAUACAACAACAAUGGGGAGUAUGAAGAGAGCAGCAGGGAAGCCAGCAAGAAGUGGCUAGAGCAGAUAGCAGCCACUGGGGUGUUGCUCAACUACCAGUCCUUGCUCUCUCCAAGUGUGAAAGAGGAGCGGAUCAUGCUUGAAGAUAUUCAGGCCACCCUCUCAGAGCUGGACAAAGUCACUUUUUAUUUCAAGCAACUGGAUGAGUGUUUUGUAACAAAUACCCAUGUUUUCUAUCAUGUUGAAGGAAAUCGACAAGUUUUGAAGGUUAUCUUCUACCUGGACAAUUAUUACUUUUCAAAACUGCCGUCCCGAUUUCAGAAUGGGGGAAGCCUGAAGCUGCAUGCGGUGCUUUUUACAAAAGCUCUUGAAAAUCUGGAAGGCCAGACCCUACCCAGUGGUUUGUCUCUAGAAGAGUUUCAGCAGCAAAUUAAUUCCAUGUCACUUGAGAAGGUGCAACAGUAUUAUCGCAAACUCAGGACAUUUUACCUUGAGAGAUCAAACUUGCCUACAGAUUCUAAUACCACAGCUGUGAAAAUUGAUCAGCUAAUUCGCCCCAUCAAUGCUAUGGAUGAACUUUGCAGACUAAUGAAAUCUUUUGUCAGUAUGAAAGGCAGCCAGUCUGGAUAUUCUAGCAGUUACAUUGCAGGAGCUGGACUGCUACCUAUAUCCUCUGAACUCUGUUAUCGUCUUGGAGCCUGCCAGCUUGUAAUGUGUGGCACAGGGAUGCAAAGAAGUACAUUGAGUGUUUCCUUGGAACAAACAGCUAUACUGGCUCGAAGUCAUGGGCUCUUGCCUAAGUGUAUCAUGCAGGCCACAGACAUAAUGAGAAAACAAGGACCAAGGGUUGAAAUCUCUGCAAAAAAUCUGAAAGUGAUGGAUCAGAUGCCACAGUCUGCGCCGCGAAUCUAUCGGCUCUGUCAACCACCUGCAGAUGGAGAUUUAUAAAAGUGAAGGAAAUUUCUUCCCGAGUCCUGGCUGUGUUCAGCAGAGUGUGAUGCUACCUGAGCACUGACCCUCUCUGAUGCCGGUGGAGUUCAGUUCAGAAGAGAGAGGAGAUUGCUGGGUUCUGUGUUUCUUGAGAGAUCUGUGCAUUAAGAGACUACCUUUUCCACUCAUCUCUACUGAAUUAUGUGGGUGGGCAUGGGUACAAUUUCUGGGUUGGCUGAAGAGGGUCUCAAGAACAAUCCUCUCCAGUUUGCAUUGAGAAAUUACGUUCUGCCCCAGAUCAGGAAGGGUGAAGACAGUCACAGCAGAUGGAAAACAAAAACCCUACAAUGUUAGGAAUUAACUGGAUUGAUAGCUGGGCAUGGUGGAUUUUGACUUUUUGAUGAGCAAAGGAAAUUCAACAUGAAGAGUAUCUUCUUAUCCAAGUGUUUUUGGAAUUUCAUCCCAUUUCCAAUGCAGUGUUGGCCAGUGGCCUUGAAUAAGAGCCUCAGAAACAUUCUUUGUAUAUACAUACCCCCUUGCACUUUGAAAUCGUGAAUAGUAACGCAUCUUUGGUUUCAUCAAAGGAGUCUUCCUGGAGCUGUUUUCCACUUCAUCUCAAUAUAAACCAAACUUCAUUCUUCAGAGUGUACAUUCCAUGGGACUUUAUACAAGACUGUCUUUUUAACUUUGACUGUAAAGUUCAGGGUUUGCAAUUAACACUUUUUGAACUAAUGGUCCAUUGUGUACUAUUUUCAAGGAGGAGGUGACAAUAAAGGAUAUUUUUUAAGAAAAAGGAGAAUGACAUUAUGAAAGAGGAAGCAAAGCAGUUCUGUGCUCCUACAAUUUGAACAGAUGAGACUUUAAAAAAAUAAGGACAGAACUAUCCUUAUUUAUCAGGAAUGGAAGAUCUGUUGGAAGCUGUUGCAAUCUAUAUGAGAAAAAGAGUAGUUUUUUUUUCCAAAUGGGGCCAAUAUGCUAGCAGAUGCAUAGUAUUUCUCUGUUCAUUGAAAAUAAUGUCACGUUAUUUAAAGCCUUUCAGUAUUUAAGUAACCUUUAAUAAGUGUUAUUUUUUAAAGAAUUAGAGUACAGUGGGUUAUAAGUUAAAAUUGUGGUUGUAUAUAUAAUGUUUUCUGUUGUAUCAGUAUUAUUACAAGCACAGGUAGUUUGUUUCUAAAUUACUUGCUGCAAAAGUAACGAAGUAUAUCAACAAUCUCAGGCAGGAAAUAACAUUAUUUUGGAGUGAGUGCCUUAAAUGACUUAUCCAUGUUCUUCAAGGAAAAACAAUAACAAUAAGGGACAUGAAAAACCUGUCUUCUUUAUCAUAGUAGAUUAAAGCCAUAGUCUCCUCUCAAAUGCCUAUUCUUGGGCAUUAUAUAAGUUCUUUAUGCUUUCUUUAUCUAGCAAUUGGAAGAGGAAUAUUUUAAUUUUGGCUUCAAAUAGGUCAUUUAAUAAACUCCGAUCUUUCCUAACAAUUCAA